AUGCCGAAUUCUAGGUCAUCUCCCGUUUAUGCCAGCUCUGCCUCUCCUGCUUAUGAUUCAUAUGCUUCCUCUUCUUCACCCUCUUCCGAGAAUAUCAUCUAUGGCAGCUCAUCAUCUUCAUACACACCACCGCGUAAGGCAUGGGUAGACCCCAAGAGCUUGGCCAACUGCGGGGAUGCAUCCCAGAUACAGGGCAAUGUAUCUCCCUACGUCAAGCAACUUAUCCUCAAUACAUUCAUUGCGUACGGGGCUGGUGACGAGCACUGUUUUGGUCAUUCCGUUGCCAAGGCAGUGAAGUUCAUCGACAUCAGCGCCCAUGAAAGCUACGAAAGACAAGGUCGUAUGGAGGCAACGACCGUUGCAGAAGUUCUUGUUUCAAAAAGCAUGUUGAAUGGCGCGGGAAUGCUCCAUGGAGGUUGCAUGGCGUUUCUGAUUGAUAACACUCCAUUGGUCGCUCUGGGACUCAUAAAAAACAUUAAUGGAGUGGGAGUCACUCAGUCGAUGAACAUCAUGUUCCACUCCCCUGCACCAGUUGGAUCGUGUUUGCGUAUUAUCAGCACUUCAGUCGCUAUGGGCAGCCGAAUUAUGAGCGCUCGAUGCGAGGUCAUUAACCAGAAAACAGGCAGUGUAGUUGCCUCAGCAUACCUCAACAAAAUGCAACCCACCAUGUCAAAGCUUUGA